AAUCACGUGACUUCAGGGAAAGAGAAACUGAAGUGUAGUUGAGCUGUUGUGUGUUUGUGUCUCUGUGUUCAUGCAGUAAAAUGGCAGAAGCCAGAGUUUCUCAGGAUGAGUUCUUGUGUCCAGUGUGUCUGGAUCUCCUGAAGGAUCCAGUGACCGUUCCCUGUGGACACAGUUACUGUAAGAUCUGUAUUACAGACUGCUGGGAUCAGGAGGAUCAGAAGAGAGUCUACAGCUGUCCUCAGUGCAGACAGACCUUCAGUCCAAGACCUGCUUUAGCUAGAAACACCAUGCUGGCUGAAGUGGUGGAGAAACUGAAGAAGACCAGACUCUCUGCUGACUGUGAGGCUGGAGCUGGAGAUGUGCAGUGUGACGUCUGUACUGGAAGAAAAUACAGAGCCGUCAAGUCCUGUCUGGUGUGUCUGGAGUCUUACUGUCAGAAUCACCUCGAACAACACGAGAGUUGGUUUAGAGGAAAGAGACACAAAGUGACUGAAGUCACUGGACGACUGCAGGAGAUGAUCUGCCAGAAACAUGAGAAGAUCCUCGAGGUUUUCUGUCGCACUGAUCAGAAGUGUAUAUGUCUGCUGUGUACGAUUAUUGAACAUAAAAACCAUGACAUUGUUCCAGCUGCAGACCAGAGGACAGAGACACAGAAGCAGCUGAAGGAGACUCAGAAGACGCUCCAGCAGAGAAUCCAGCAGAGAGAGAAAGAUCUCCAGCAGCUGAGAGAGACUGUGGAGUCUCAUAAGCGCUCUGCACAGACAGCAGUGGAGGACAGUGAGAGGAUCUUUACUGAGCUCAUCCGCUCCAUUGAGAGAAGCCGCUCUGAGCUGAUACGACUGAUCAGAGAUCAGGAAAAGACUGCAGUGAGUCGAGCUGAAGAACGACUGGAGCGACUGGAGCAGGAGAUCAAUGAUCUGAGGAGGAGAGACGCUGAGCUGGAGCAGCUUUCACACACACAGGAUCACAUCCAGUUCCUGCAGAGUUUCCAGUCUCUCUCAGCUCCUCCUGAAUCUACAGACGUAAAUGAUGAUCUCUUCAGUUCUCUCUUCUCUUCUGAUGAUCUGAGAGAAUCUGUCCAUCAGCUGAGAGACAAACUGGAGGAUUUCUGUAAAGAGCAGCUCCAGAAGAUCUCAGACAGAGUCCCAUUCACCAGCAUUGAUCUCUGGACCAGGAAGGACUUCCUACAAUAUUCCCAUCAGUUCACUCUGGAUCUGAACACAGCACAUAAACGCCUCCGUCUGUCUGAGAACAACAGAGUGAUUACAUUCACUAAAACAGAUCAGUCGUAUCCUGAUCAUCCAGACAGAUUUAAUGCGUGGCAGCAGGUGUUGUGUAGAGAGAGUGUGUGUGGACGCUGUUACUGGGAGAUUGAGUGGAGUGGAGAUGAUGGUGUGUAUAUAUCAGUGUCAUAUAAGAGCAUCAGCAGGAAGGGAGGGGGUAAUGAGUGUGGGUUUGGAUUUAAUGAUCAGUCCUGGAGUUUGAUCUGUUCUCCCUCCAGAUACUCAUUCAGACACAAUAACAUAGAGACUGAUCUCCCUGUAGAGUCCAUCAUCAGGAGAAUAGGAGUGUUUGUGGAUCACGGAGCAGGAACUCUGUCCUUCUACAGCGUCUCUGACACAAUGAGCCUCAUCCACACAGUCCAGACCACAUUCACUCAGACGCUCUAUCCUGGGUUUUGGGUUUAUUACGGAUCAUCAGUGAAACUGUGUUGAUGAAUCAGAAUAGAUUUUUAUUUUAUUUUAUUGAGGAUAUACAUAUUAUAGAAUUUUCAAUCAGCAGUAUAUAAGAGGCUCAAGAAUUUUUGUAUAAAUGUACAUACAUAAAGCAGAACACUACAUAAAAAAAGGACAUACAGUGCAAAAGUUGAAUACAAUUUUGUAGCAAGAAGUACAAUAAAAGUUUAUAUACAUAAAAUGAAAGAAAAUAAGUGUUUAUACAGAUACUGACUGUAAGAAGUCUAUGAAGGGUUGCCAAAUAUUAUAAAAACCUGAGAGAUUGUCCUUCAACAAAUAUCUAAUUCUUUCCAAAUGUAAAGUGAUGGAUAAAACUCGAAGCCACAUUUUGUCAGUGGGUAUCGCUGGUCCUUUCCAUGACAUCAGAAGUAACUUUUUUGCAUUGAUAAGAGAGUAGGAAAUGAACCGUUGCUGGGCUGAAGUCAAUUUUCUAAAUAACUCUGAUGUGCCGAGGAUAAUCAGCAAUGGUUCCGGUGACAAUGUAAUUAAAAAAAUUCUUGACAGUACAUUAAACACAUCAGACCAAUGACUGGCGACCUUCAGACAAGAAAAAAAAGCAUGAAAGAGUGUUGCAUUGAGGGACUGACAUUUAUCACAGUUUGAUAAAACGUUC